AUGGGUAUUAUUGAUAAAAUCAAGGCUAUAGAGGAGGAGAUGGCGCGUACGCAAAAAAACAAGGCAACUGAGCACCACCUUGGUCUGCUGAAGGGUAAAUUAGCCCGUUACAGACAGCAGUUGUUGGCGGACGAAACUGCGUCAUCUGGAGGCGGAGGCAGUGGGUUUGAGGUGGCUAAGAGUGGAGACGCGCGUGUGGUGCUAAUUGGGUAUCCAUCUGUGGGUAAGUCAUCGCUACUGGGCAAGGUGACCUCGACAAAGUCCGAGAUUGCACAUUACGCAUUCACGACUUUGACGUCGGUACCAGGUGUGUUGAAAUACCAAGGUGCGGAGAUUCAAAUUGUAGAUUUGCCGGGUAUCAUUUACGGUGCAUCUCAGGGUAAAGGUCGGGGUCGACAAGUGGUUGCGACUGCACGGACUGCGGACCUGAUUUUGAUGGUCUUGGACGCAACCAAGGGCGCGCAUCAACGGGAAUCGCUAGAGAAAGAAUUGGAAGCGGUGGGGAUCCGUUUGAACAAAGAGAAACCCAACAUCUACUACAAGAAGAAGGAAACCGGCGGGAUAAAGAUCAAUUUCACAGCGCCGUCGAAGGCGAACCUAACGGAGGACGCGAUCAAGUUGAUCCUGCGAGACUACCGGAUCCACAACGCGGAAAUCCUGGUGCGGGACGACAAGUGCACGAUCGACGACUUCAUCGACGUGCUGAACGAGCAACACCGCAACUACAUCAAGUGCCUGUACGUUUACAACAAGAUCGACGCGGUUUCGUUGGAGGAGGUGGACCGGCUGGCGCGCGAGCCCAACACGGUGGUGAUGUCGUGCGAGAUGGACCUGGGGUUGGACGACGUGGUGGACGAGAUAUGGUACCAAUUGAACCUGAGCCGGGUGUUUACGAAGAAGCGCGGGGUGAGGCCGGAUUUCACGGACCCGCUGGUUGUGCGGCACAAUUCGACGGUGGGGGACCUGUGCCACUCGAUCCACCGCGACUUCAAGGACAAGUUCAAGUACGCGCUGGUGUGGGGGUCGUCUGCGAAGCACUCGCCGCAGAAGUGCGGGCUGACGCACCGGGUCCACGACGAGGACGUGGUGAGUUUAUUUACGAAGUGA